CCUUCGCUGGCCGCGGCCCGCCCCCGAUUGUGAGAGGCAGGUGUCCGCCCCUGGAGUCCUGGUGACGCCUUCCGCUGGCGCCAUAACUGUGAAGGGCAGCUCUCUGCUCGGCAGAGCUCGCUGGCGCCAUGAUGAUAAAGGGCGGCUCUGCCCUCCAUAGUUGCCGAACGCUGUCACCCGCCGGCGCCAUGAUGGUAACGGGCAGCUCUCCCCUCCGCAGUUCCCCAACGCGACCACUCGCGGGCGCCAUGAUGAAGAAGGGCAGCUGUCCAUUCCAACGAGUCCAGGUGAAGGCUUCCGCGAGCGUCAAGAUUUUGAAUGGCAGCCCUCCAUGCUGCCGUUUCCAUAAUCUCAUUUCCGAUGGCGCCAUAAUUGUGCAGGGCGCCUCUUCGCUCCGCGGACGCAGUACGAUUGGUGCUGUAGGCGCCAAAUUUCUGAAAAGCAGCUCUCCGCCCCACCAACCGCAGGCGACAGCUCCCGCGGGCGCCGUGCUUCGGCCAGUCCGUUUUCCACCCCGUAGAGCCUGGGCCACGCCUUCCGCCAGCACCAUGAUGGUGAAGGGCAGCUCUCCACUUCGCCAAGCUCAGGUGACGCCUUUUGCCGGCGCCAAGAUUGAAAAAGGCAACUUUUCAUCUCGUCCAGUCCAGACGACGCCCUCUGCGGGCGCCACGAUUGGGAAGAGAAACUCCAGACUUCGGAGAAGCUGGACCCAGUCUUCUGCCAGGGCCUUGAUCGUCAGGGGCAGCACUCCGUUCCUUGGAACCCAGGCGAUGCCUUCCGCUGGCGCCUCGGUCAAGAAGGGCGGUUUUCAGCCAUUGGAAUCCCAGGCAACGUAUUCAGCCAGCGCCACGCUCGCGAAGGGCAGGGGUCUUCUCAGUAGCCUUCGCACGGCGCCUUUCGCCGGCGCCAUGAUUAUGAAGGACAGCUGUUUGCGGCCUGAAGACCAGGCGACGCCUUCCGUGGGCGCCAUGUUUGUAAAGGGCAGGCGUCUGCUUGCUUCCCGCACGCUGACUGCGGCCAGCAUCAUAACUGUGAGGGACAGCUCUCGGUCCCGCGAACCAGAAGCGACGUGUUCCAUGCAAGCUACGUUUGUAAAGGGCAGGAGUCUAUUCGCCAGAGUCCACACUGUGCCUUUUGCCGCCGCCGUGGUUGUGAGGGGCAGGUAAAAGUCCUAUAGGAUCGAAUUGCCCAACCCACGAGGCCGUGAAGAUUGUGGCCUCCAUGUUUUCGUGAGACAGUGACAUCUGACCCAAAACACAAUGAGUCCUUCAGUCUUCAGUUCAGGAGCAAUACCUUCUAGUUGUUUCCAUUGUUCCUAACACAGUGAGUGAACACAUGUGUUGAAGGGCAUCAGAGGGAGGCUCUUCUCACACAGCCUUGCAGAGGAUACAGUGAGACCUCAGCCAGAAGUUGCUGCAUUGAGGAGCCUUUUCCUGCACUCAGACUAUAGGAGUAGUGGGGAGUAACAAGCUCAGUGUUAGUAAAGCUGUGUAAAGUAUCCUCUUUGCUAAAGCCUAACAGCACUGCCAUUUUCUUCAGCUUCCCACUGGCUUUUUGCAGGUGUCCAGCUCCUUAUAGGCAAAGACAUUUCUACCUCAUGCAAACGCAAAUGUGGAUUUAGCACUGGUAUAAGUAACAAAUUAAAUACGGAAACACUUUUAAUGGGACUUUAAAAAAAAAGUUUAUUUUGCCAUUUGCCUAGAAGCAAAACUAGUGAAAAUUAAAGUACAAAAAUAAACACAAUUUACAUUAAUUGACAUUCCACUCAAAAGUAAAAAUAAAAGUAAUAUAUAUAAAUAAAACUUCACCAAAAACAAAA